AUGGCUGCCAAUGGAGAUGAAUUGCAGAGGCUUCUGCAAGCCUAUCUGGAAACCCACGGACGAGGGGCCCUGGAGGAGUUGGUAUCGGGUGUGAGGAGUGUUCCACAGGAGGAGGUGUCCAGUCAGCCUGCUGUUCGAGACAGACAGAGGGCCAGGAGAUCAAGGCCUCCAUUGCGUCUGUCACCUAGUCCGGUUCGGCGCCAGGAGAGAGGGCGAAGUGGCGGCUCGGCCGCGCACCCGGAGCGGUUGGCGGUGACCAGGAGGCGGAGGACCUGGGCUGAGGAGAUCGGGGGCAUCCAGGCCCAAGAUGGCGUCGGCAGUCAUGGCGGAGGGAGGACCAGGAGAUCGUGCAGUCCGUGCGCUUCUCUUCCGGCCCAACCGGAAGACGCGUCAUCACGCACGCCGCAUGACGUGCACACACCCGGAAGCAGGAGAGCGCGGCCGUCACAGGCCUUGCGUUCCAGCGUGGUUCUGGCAGGAAGCGAGCAGGGAACCAUACGAAGAAUGCCCAGAUGGGCAGCUGGGAGGAGGAGCAGAGACCACAGGGCAAGUGUCGGCACUGCAGUGAACAGAGUGCGUUUGGGCCAUGAGGCUGGCCGAGGGUCCCCACUGUCCACAGGGUCCAGUUGCAGUUUGGAAGAAG